GUUACCCAUCGCUCCACAAAAGCCGCGGCCCUUGCAGAGCAAGGCGCACACUGCUAACUAAACUAGCCGUUUCACAUCCGUUACACCAUGUACAGAGAGGCUAGAGAGGCUCACAGAUAUAGGAUCAGUCAUGAUGUAUCGUAUGCAGAGGCCGUCAAACAGUUUUGUAGAACUACAGUGCGGACUGAUGGAGCUUACAUGGAUGUACCUGGAGUAAGUGGACCUAAUGUCAGGGCUGGUGCUUCUGAUGGUCCUGGCAUGGUUUUGAGGCCUGUUCAGAAAUCUUGUGCUCAUGAAUGUGCUGUGUCAAAUGACACUUUGAUAAUUGAAUGAAAUUGUCUUCAUAGAUUGUAUUGGUAAGGUUAUCAAUACGACUCGGGAUGUGGAAAGCAGAAAUGCCAGGUAGAAGGUUAUUGCGGAGACCGCAAAAGAGAUAUUGGGGGUAACAGAUUGAAAUGGUUGUUGACAUGCAGAACAAUCCUAAGGGUGGAGUGUUUCAGCAUGAUAUAGAUCAAGUUUAAUGUGUUUGGGGAGGGUGUGGUAGAAGUCAGGGAUUUAUUUGUUGUUUUUUUUUAAAUCAUGGUAGUGCUGAAUUAAGCAGAUCGUGAUUGAUCGUACAUUCCAGCACAGCAUGCGGCAUGCGAUUGUUUGCGGACCGCCAUUAUAGCAUAGAAGAAACGAAGAAAGAAAAUGUUUCUAGGAACCAAGACCAACCCUCGUUUCCUGUCGGACAUUCACAUUUGUGACACAUUGCAGAAGUACACAUUUCAGCACGACGUACGGAAAAACGUGUAGAUAUCUGUUUGUAAAGCAUAACGAGUAUGGCGAGUUUGUAAGUAUUCAUUAAGGUAUUUGUAGAGGUGAACUAUUGCGGUUCAAACCGUCAAAUCAUUGCUUUAGCAAAUGUAAUUAGCCAGCUAAUUCACUAACUAAUGCUUGAUCUCCUGAUCACAUGUUAGCAAAACUAGCUAGCAAGCUAACGUCAUCCAAGAAGCCAAUUUACUGAGCAACAGGACGUUUGAAGUAUAGUCGGCUGUCACAUAUUAAGUCAAACGCUAGUCGCUUAGCAAUGUUUACUUUUUAGAAUGAGACGUGAAGACCUAAAGUUAUAAUGAAAGUUCAGGCUGCCAUUACACUGCAACGUGUCUUUAGCAGCUAACGUUAGCUUGCCUAACUCAAAAAAAUAAUUCGAAGAGGAGAAUUGACAGACAUAUUUUCGAAAUCAAAGCUCAUAGUCCUCGAGAUAUGUCUAAAGUCAAGCCAGAGAAAACGGACUCUGCUGCUUCUUCUAAAACGCCAGAACCCAGCCAGGACCAAAAGAAAAAGAAACCUGUAAAGAAAAAGUUUUUUGAACACACCAAGAAACAACCAGUGGCUAAAGAUCACGGUAAAACCAAUGCAUUGCUUCCCCCGAAAGAUGCCGAACAGUUUUCAGCCAACUGGAAAACGUUACUAGAGGUGUUCAAAUCCAAUCCCCUGCCAGUAAAAAAUAAACCAGUUCAGCAGAACUCAAAGAAGGAAGUCCCUAAGAAACCCACUAAAUACAUUUCAAAGAAGGACGAGGUGGUGGAGGAUAAGAAGCCUGCUAAAGACUUAUCAAAGACAGUGAAUGAUGCAAAGCCCAUGCAGGUGUACAGCAGGAAAGUAGGGAAGGACAGUGCCGUUCCCAAUAAAUCCCAGGUGAAUGGGAAAGGUCCAGGAACAUCGGGGACAGAACAGCCUAACGCCAAGAAGAAGAAACCGAACAACGCCCAGGUGGAGGGUAACACACAGAUGAAGAAGAAGAAAAUAGAGGAAGUGGAGGAAAAGAAACCCACUGAAUCGGACAUGUGGUUUGAUGGCGUGGACCCUGACGACAUUGAGGCCACAGUGGGGACAGAGGCAGCGGAUAUCAUGAGGAAGAUGCAAGGCAUUCGGAAGACAGAUGCCCAGACCACAGAGAAGGCGCUGGUCAAGGACAGGGGGUUCGAGGGCCUUACUAAGGCGGUAGCUAUGGACUGUGAGAUGGUGGGUGUGGGGCCAGAUGGAGAGGACAGCAUUGUAGCCCGGGUCUCCCUUGUCAACCAGUUUGGGAAGUGCAUCUACGACAAACACGUCAAGCCCACCGAGAAGGUGACAGACUACAGGACAGCUGUUAGCGGCAUCCGGCCGGAGAACAUCAAAAACGGUGAGAAUGUAAAGACUGUACAGACAGAGGUGGCUGAGAUCCUCCAGGGGAGAACGCUAGUGGGACACGCCAUUCACAAUGACCUUAAGAUUUUGCUCUUGGAUCACCCAAAAAAGAGAAUCAGAGACACACAGAAGUAUAAACCUUUCAAGAAAAUUGUGAAGAGUGGUCGGCCCUCUCUGAAACUCCUGUGUAGAGAAAUACUUAACGUCAAAGUACAGCAGGGAGAACAUUCAUCCGUCCAAGACGCCCAGGCGACUAUGAGAUUGUACACGAUGGCGAAGAAGAAUUGGGAAGCAGAGAUCAAGGCUAGUCAUAACAACCCAGACUUAACCAAGAAGACCAAAGAACCAAGGAAGCCCAAAUUAGCAAAAGUCAAAUGAACCUGACUGGUUCUGAAGUCUUAACUGCAUCAUUCUGUUAUGGGACUGUGGACUAACCAGGUGGCUUGACUGAAUUAAUAACAAGUGUGUCUUUGGGAAGUGGAUCGUUUGGUGACCCAUAAGGAUUGCACAAAGAAGUUUGUUCAAAUGGAUAUUGACUUUAUUCAAAUCCCACACAGCCCAAAUCACUCAAAUAUCCUAGUGCUCCUUCAGCUAUGCAUCGAUCUUUCAUUCAUUGUCUGGUACAUCCUCUUAAGUGUUCAGAUCGGGGUUUUAAAAUGUAAUCUCUUUAUCUUCUAACGUCCACAGGUUAGGUUUAGAGAAGCUGUUGCAUUUGUGGGCUUUAACAUUAAACGUUUGAUAUCUUUAAUCACA